GAAAAUUGGUCCAGCGAACGCAGAGCGGAUACCAACCAGGUGAGCCAUCAAAGCCGCCUCUCUUCCCCUAAAACCUAGCCCGCAAAUCCUAAUCCAGCCCACGCGCCUCCCCCCAAACCCUCGUCCCCAAGCUCGCGAACCUCACCGCCGCCCGCACCGCCACCGGCCGCUCCGCGCGACCGCCCACCAUGGCUCGUAACGAGGAGAAGGCGCAGUCCAUGCUGAACCGCUUCAUCACGAUGAAGCAGGAGGAGAAGCGCAAGCCCCGCGAGCGCCGGCCGUACCUCGCCUCCGAGUGCCGGGACCUCGCCGACGCCGACCGCUGGCGUGGAGAGAUCCUGCGCGAGAUCGGCGUCAAGGUCGCCGAGAUCCAGAACGAGGGCCUCGGGGAGCACCGCCUCCGAGACCUCAACGACGAGAUCAACAAGCUCCUCCGCGAGCGCAGCCACUGGGAGCGCCGCAUCCUCGAGCUCGGAGGCCGCGACUACUCUCGCAGCUCCAACGCCGCCCUCAUGACCGACCUCGACGGUAACAUCGUCGCCAUCCCCAACCCCUCCGGCCGGGGCCCAGGCUACCGCUACUUUGGCGCUGCCAAGAAGCUCCCCGGCGUCCGUGAGCUAUUUGAUAAGCCACCUGAGGUCCGCAAGCGCCGCACCCGCUACGAGAUCCACAAGCGCAUCAAUGCCGGGUACUAUGGAUACUAUGACGACGAGGACGGUGUGCUUGAGCCCCUUGAGGCUGCUGCCGAGAAGCGCAUGCGGGACGAGGUUGUCACGGAGUGGCACCGGGUGGAGCGUGUGCGGCGGGAGGCCAUGAAGAAUGUGGUGAGUGGCGAGGUGGCUGCAGCAGGUGGGCGUGGUGGGGAAGCUGCUACGGAGGUGCUGUUCGAGGAGGUGGAGGAGGAGGUUGAGGAGGAGAGGAGGCUGGAGGAAGAGAGAAUGGAAAGAGAGAAGGGGGAAGAGGCUGGGAGGGAGUUUGUGGCACAUGUGCCGCUCCCUGACGAGAAGGAGAUUGAGCGGAUGGUGCUAGAGCAGAAGAAGAAAGAGCUGCUCAGCAAGUACACAAGUGAUACCCUGCAAGGCGAGCAGAAGGAGGCUAAGGAGAUGCUCAAUGUCCAACGCUAGGAGAGAUGUUGGUCAUUGCUGAAUCCUUCACGGUAUUGAGAUGAGUGAAGUGCGAGGAGCAAUAUGUGCAGUGCUGGACAAGCGUUGACGCAACCCUAGAAGAUCUGAUGCUAAAAACACUGAAGGGCUUCGCUGCAAUCAUGUUGAUCGAUGUGAUGUUUAUUACCCUAGAAUGAUUGAUGCCAAAUGGGUAAACCUGAGAUAGUGGUGGUGAACCGUCACUGUGCAUGGAUGUGCUGUAUUCACUGGCACUCUACAAGUACAUCCAUUGGCUACGCAUAUAUCUAAAAAACUACUAGACCAUAAUGAAAGCAAUUCUGAACACUCGAAGGAUGUUAACCAUCUAUCUUACUACAGCAGAGAUUUUAAGGUCAA